UUAAAAAAAAAAAAUGCCAGAUUUUGUAUAUUUUAUAAACAAUUAAGUGGCUCAUUUGAUGUUCCAGGACCAAGAAGGGGUACGCCGGAGAACAGGCAUCACCUGUUACUAUGAUUAAGCGCCGUGGGGUUCCAAGCCCAAUGGUCAUGAGAGCAUCUGGGGCCGGCGCGCUCUGGAUCACUGAUGUGGUGUGCAUCGAUUGCCUCUUUUGUAAGAUCUUGGUUAGUGAUUAUUAACCGUGGUUGCAGACUUGCAGUAUUCUCUCCUCUUCCUCCUUGUCCCAAGUCCAUCUCCUUGAUCCGCAGCGCGGUGCCCUAUUAGCGUGGAGGGAAGAUGGCCGCACCCCGAUCACAGGAGGCGUGGGAUUGCAUGCUUCCGGGGCCAUCCAGCCGGAACAACGGAGGCUGCGCUGACUGCAGCGCAGGGGGUCUCCUGGCCUAUGGUGCCGGCAGCAGCAUCGUCGUGGCCGACCCGCGUUCCAUGCAGCUAAUAUCCGUGCUCCCCAUGCCCGCUCCCUCCCAGAGCUCUCCAUCCCCGCUACUCGUCACCUCUGGCCACGCCCUUGCUCCCUUCGUCACGGCCCUCAGGUGGAUCCCGCACUCUAUCUCCCGCGAUCUCUCUACCCAGGACGAGCCCUCCAACUCUCAUCUCCGCCUAGCCGUCGGGGACCGCCAGGGCCGCAUCGCCAUCUGGGACUUUCGAUCCAGGCUCGUUGUCCAAUGGCUUGACCUCGAUUCUGGUGGCGCCGAACGAUCCCGGCUCGGUAUCCAGGAUCUCUGCUGGAUACUUUCCGACACCUGGCUCCUCGCCGCUAUCCAUGGGCCCUCCCUCCUUGCCCUCUGGAACCCCAUUGCUGGCCGCUGCAUCUGGAAGUACGACGCAUCCCCCGAAUUCCUUUCUUGCAUACGCCGCGAUCCCUUCGAUUGCAGGCAUUUGUGCGUCCUUGGGCUCCGUGGGUUCCUGCUCUCGGCCAUCGCCCUCUCUGGUGGCAUGGAGGGUGAUGUCUCCAUAAAGGAGCACCAGAUCUCUGGAGUCCUGGAUCAUGCCGAGCUUCAGAAGCUGGACAAAGAAUCCUCGUCUGCUUCCCCUAACUCCCCCGCCCUCGCAGUCUUCCCUCUCUUCUGCGCGAAGUUCUCAUUCUCACCGCUAUGGAGACACAUCCUGUUGAUCACCUUCCCCAAGGAACUCAUUGUCUUCGACCUUCAGUAUGGGGCUUCACUUUCUUCUACCUCAUUGCCUCGUGGGAUGGGCAAGUUCAUGGAUGUAAUGCCUGAUUCGGGUAUGGAUCAGCUAUACUGUGCUCAUCUCGAUGGAAAACUCAGCACAUGGAAGCGGAAGGAAGGAGAACAGGUGCAUGCCUUGUCAAAGAUGGGAGAGCUAAUGCCAUCUAUUGGUACCGCUGUUCCUUCUCCUUCAGUCCUUGCUGUUAUUCUCUGCCAGUCUGAAUCUUUUCUGCAGAAAGUUGAGAAGCUUUCUGUGCCUUCCCUCUCAGCAAACUUGUCAUCAGCUGCUUGCUUCUCUCUGCCCUCAGACUUGUGCACCAGAACAGAUCUUGUUUCCAAUUCGUAUCUGGUCUCGAUUUCUGAUGAUGGAAAAAUCUGGAGCUGGUUGUUAGCCUCUGACAAUUCCACAGGUGUUCAGGACACUUCAUCUAAGAUGACCAAGGCUGCUGAUAUAUGUGAAGAAACAGUCCUACAGUUGCAAACUGAAGCCAAAGAGUCAGAACCUGUGGAGAGUGCUAACAUUCGUGCCAUUAGCUCUAGUCCUCAAGGGUCAAACUUCUUCACCAAGAUGAGCCUGAUUGGCCAACUUCAGCUUCUUUCUUCAACAGUAUCCACUCUAGCUGUUCCAGCUCCUUCUUUGAUUGCUACUGUGGCCCGUGGGGGUAAUGUUCCUGCACCAGCUGUUCCUCUUGUUGCUCUUGGAACGCAGAGCGGGACAAUCGAUGUUGUUGAUGUUUCUGCAAAUGCAGUUGCAAUGAGCUUUUCUGUUCAUAAUAGUACUGUGAGGGGGCUUAGAUGGCUUGGGAAUUCUCGCCUUGUUUCUUUCUCAUACAAUCAGGUGAAUGAGAAAGUUGGUGGCUUUAAUAAUCGACUUGUUGUGACAUGCCUUAGAAGUGGACUCAAUCGCCCAUUCAGGGUAUUGCAAAAGUCAGAGCGUGCACCAAUAAGGGCUAUAAGGGCUUCUUCAUCUGGAAGGUACCUUCUUAUUGUAUUUCGUGAUGCUCCUGUUGAAGUCUGGGCUAUGACAAAGAAUCCAAUAAUGCUUAGAUCAUUAGCUCUGCCUUUUACUGUACUGGAGUGGACCCUUCCAUCUGCUCCCCGUCCUCUUCAAAAUGGAUCUUCUAGGCAAUCAUCAAUAUCUUCCAAGGAGCAAUCCUCCAACAAUAUUUCAAGUGGGGAUGCAUCACCUACGAAUUUGAAAACAACUCCAGAAGGUUCUGGAGAUGAAACUUCGGAGAGUUUUGCUUUUGCGCUAGUAAAUGGUGCACUUGGUGUGUUUGAGGUUCAUGGACGGAGGAUACGAGAUUUUAGACCAAAAUGGCCGUCUUCUUCUUUUGUUUCGUCAGAUGGACUGGUUACUGCCAUGGCAUAUCGCCUCCCUCAUGUAGUUAUGGGAGAUAGAUUAGGUAACAUACGUUGGUGGGAUGUAACAACAGGCCUUUCUUCAUCAUUCAACACUCACAAAGAAGGGAUUAGGAGGAUAAAAUUCUCCCCUGUUGUUUCUGGAGAUUGCAGUAGAGGACGCAUUGCUGUACUUUUUUAUGAUAAUACAUUCUCCAUAUUUGAUCUCGAUACAUCUGAUCCAUUAGCCAAUGCCCUUCUGCAGCCGCAAUCCCCAGGAACUCUUGUGCUUGAACUUGAUUGGUUACCAAUGCGCACAAAUAAAGAUGAACCUCUUGUCUUAUGCAUUGCUGGAGCUGACAGUAGCUUUCGUCUUAUUGAGGUUAAUAUCAAUGGUGCUAAGACCAGUUCAGGUUUCAACCCAAGGAUGUUUAAAGAAAGAUUCCGGCCAAUUCCAUUGUGCUUACCCAUAUUAUUUCCUACAGCACAUGCCUCGGCAUUACGGAUGGUUUUGCAGAUGGGGGUUAAACCAUCUUGGUUCAGUUCAUGUAAUACAACUAUGGCAGGUGUUACCUCUCAUAUACCUGAAAAUGGUUUAGCAUCUGUUGGAGACCUUCGCAGUUACAUGAUCAAGUCUGACCUUCCUGAUGUUGGGGACUCAGUGGUGCCUGAAUUACUUUUAAAGGUUUUAGAACCAUACAGGAAAGAAGGGUGCAUCUUUGAUGAUGAAAGGGCUAGACUAUAUGCUUCUGUAGUGAAUAAAGGUUUUGCGGCAAGGCUUGCCUUUGCUGCUGCCUGCUUUGGAGAAUUUUCAGAAGCUCUGUUUUGGAUGCAGUUGCCUCAUGCUCUUCUCCACUUUGUUGAUAAAUCUUCUAGCAAGUCUUCUAAGGAUGCUUCUCAAUCAGACUCUCUUUCAGUGGCUGCUAAUAUAUCUAUUCCAAAUAUAAUGCCAUUGGCUAAAAAUUCCAUGCCUGAAAGGAGGAUGCAUUAUUCGAUGAACAAUGGGCAACUAAAGGUAAUGGCAUUUGCUCAAGAGGAAUUAUGGGGUGCUGCAACUGAGCGGAUUCCUUGGCACGAAAGACUUGAAGGCGAAGAGGCAAUUCAAAAGCGCGUCCAUGAGCUUAUCUCCAUUGGGAAUCUAGAAUCUGCAGUCUCACUGCUUCUGUCUACCCCUCCAGAGGGGUCUCAUUUUUAUCCUAAUGCUUUAAGGGCAGUUGCACUUUCUUCUGCCGUAUCAAGAUCUUUACAUGAGCUUGCUGUAAAAGUUGUUGCUGCAAAUAUGGUGAGGACUGAUAAAACUCUUUCUGGAAUUCACCUGCUCUGUGCUGUUGGAAAGUAUCAGGAAGCUUGCUCUCAGCUGCAAGAUGCUGGUUGCUGGACAGAUGCUGCAACUUUGGCUGCAACUCAUUUACAUGGAUCAGAUUAUGCGAGGGUAUUGCAACGGUGGGCUGAUUAUGUUCUUCAUAGUGAACACAACAUUUGGAGGGCUCUGAUUUUAUACGUUGCUUCUGGUGCUCUGCAUGAAGCAUUAGCUGCACUUCGUAACGCACAGCAGCCAGAUUCAGCUGCCAUGUUCUUGCUUGCAUGCCAUGAAAUAAAUGCGGACUCUUUCUUGAAAUCUCAAGAUUCAGAUAAAGCAGUUGGGGAGAAACUGAAGUUUUUCUUGCCUGGUAAGAGUAUGAGAGAUGAAGAUCUAAUCGCAGUUAGUGAGUAUUAUGGCCAGUACCAACGGAAAUUAGUUCAUCUUUGCAUGGAUACGGCGCCACUGUUAUAUUGACUGGUAUUUGGCAAUACCAAAGGAAAUUGGUGCAUCUUUGCAUGGAUACACUGUCACUGUUAUAUUGACUGGUUUUUGGAUCCUGCCAUUUUCUGACCUAUCCAGUCAAAAGCACAUAGCACCCACGGGCUUUAAACAUGAUAAAAAUACAUCUCAAGAGGAGAUAUACCCUUUGGCUCCAGGACGGUGAACCAUAGAUGCCCAUUGCUCCCAUCAUUGCCAUAUGCAGAAUGCUUCACAAUACUUUUGGGAGGAUCAAUUCCUCACGUGUCCUAAAUUAUAGUGCAUUCCAUUUCAAGAGGUUUGUGUUAAUUACCAAAACGACAAAAGAAAACAAGUGGCAGGUUUUUAAUGAAUAUAUUUUAGUCUGCAACA